UAACCAUGGUUAAUAAUUUUUUAUAUUUUUCGAUAUGAUCUUAUUCAUAAGAUCCGUUGACUAGUUUUCAUUAGUAUUAUUAUUAGUAUUUAUCAUAAACAUUGUCUGUUAUAAACAUAAUUUCUUAAUUAUUAUCUGUGUAGCUAACUAUUUUCUAAAUCAGUGAAGUGCCAAGGGUAAUUAAGUGAAAAAAUAAUCUUGGUAAAAUUUUGAUUUUGAGCAAUUAAAUCUUCACUGAACAGUAAGAUAUUAUAAAAUUAAAUGUUUAAGUUUGUUCAUAACUGAAUUGUAAUUUCAAUUGACAUUAGUAUCUAUUAUAUACUCUUGCUGCAAUGUCAAAGAAUAAUUCUUUUGGAGAAAAUGAAGACGAAGUUGUUCGACUAGGCGAGUAUAUCAAUGGAAAAAACGAAGAAUUAGAACAGGCUAAUUUAAUUUUGGAAGCAUCUGAAGGUGAUAAUUGUACUUAUUCAAUGGGAUACAUGAAAAGACAAGCAUUGUAUGCAUGCAUUACAUGUACUGAAGAUGGACAAACAUCAGGUGCUAUUUGUUUGCCGUGUAUGUAUCAAUGCCAUGAUAAUCAUGAAUUAGUUGAGUUAUGGACAAAAAGAAAUUAUCGUUGUGACUGUGGUAGUGAUAAAUUUAAGACAAAAUGUGAGUUAGAACCGAACAAAAGUGAACCCAAUGAUCUUAACAUCUAUAAUCAAAACUUUAAAGGUUUAUACUGUACAUGUAGUAGACCUUAUCCAGAUCCCAAUGAAGAAAAUAAUGAUGAAAUGAUACAAUGUAUUAUUUGUGAAGAUUGGUAUCAUAGUAAGCACUUAGGUACUAAAGAUAUGAAUCCUAAUGAUUAUUCUGAAAUGAUAUGUUCAGAAUGUACUUCAAAAUUAAGUUUUCUACUUGCAUAUAAACACUUAAUGGUUGUUGAUGAUUCAAAAAAAUGUUUAGAGGAUGAUGAAAAUUUGGAUAUAAAUGUUGAGGAUACAGAAAAUGAUACUUCUGUGAAUGCUGCAGAACUAUUAAUCACAAAAUCUGACAUUGCACAUCCAUCUUGUAGUAAUGGUGAGUGUAAACUGAAUACAACAAAAAAAAUGUCCUCUAUUUCGGGUAGUUCAUUUUGGGUUGAAGGUUGGCGUAAUGAACUUUGCACAUGUGUAUCUUGUAAUGAAAUAUAUAAAAAAGAAGGUAUUUCUUUUAUUACCGAUCCUCAAGAUACAUUACAAGCAUAUGAAAAUAAAAGUCGAGAAAGAAUGUCAGCUAAAGAAAAACAAAAUGAAGAAGGUCUUACUAAAGCAUUGUCAUCAAUGGAUAGAGUGGCUGCGGUAGAAUUAGCCCAUCAAUAUAACCAAUUUAAAGAAGACUUGGUUGAAUGGCUUAAUAGUUUCAAAGGAGAUGAGGUAGUUAAAGUAGAAGAUGUUCAAGAAUUCUUUUCUGGUGUGCAAGCUCGAAAACGUGCAAAAAUGGAUGAUGGAAUUCCUCCAAAUUUUUGUCGUUAAAUUAUUUAAAUUUUUAAUCAUUUUAAUAAAUUAUUCCAUGUCCCAAAUGUAAUAAAAUUGAUAAUUUCCUCUUAAGUAUAAGUUUUUCAUAGUUAAAAUAACCAAUAUUUAUUAAUGAUUUUG